AUGUCUCUGUUUGAUGCAGAAGGUCAAGCUUCAGAAUGGGCUCUGCUAAGACGACAUUCAUCAGAGGAUCUCUUUGGUGUUCAGAUAUGUGGGGCAUAUCCAGAUACAGUUUCAAGAACUGUUGAACUUAUAGAGAAGCACUGCAUGGUGGAUUUUGUAGAUAUUAAUAUGAAGGGUGCUGGUUCAGCCCUUCUUACAAAACCGAUGCGAAUGAAAAGUGUCAUAGAGGCAUCUUCUAGAGCGGUUGAUACGCCAGUAACCAUCAAGAUAGUGCAUGCUACUCUUGAUAACUAUGAGAGGGACAUACAAAACGAAGAAGAUGAUGAAAGGGGGAAGGCACAUCAUAACUGGGUGGAUGAUGUAGUAAGAUGGGAGGGAAGAGGUACUCCCAGUGUCGGUGGUGAAUUUAGCCCCAGCCACAUGAAUAUCAGACCACGGCCUGGAAAGAAAGAUCCAUCCCUCUUAACAAGAGAGGAAGUUGAGGCACCAAAAAUAUGGGCUGAAAUAUGCAUCCAGAGAAUGGUUGAACUGGGGAAGGAGAGCACAACAAUGCGUAGGAUAUUUGAUCCAAUGUUUGUAUACUUUGAUGCUGGGAGGCACUGGGUGCCUCAGCAUGGGCUGGCCACUAUUGUUCUGUCUGACAUGUCCUACUUUAUGGAAAACUCAGUUGUCAGAAGCAUCCUUGGGCGAUCUCCCUCCCGUCCUUUGUGUCUCCAAUGUAUGCCUGGAUCAAUUAACGGAAUAUGUGUACAACAGAAGACUUGGUUUGGUGGAAAAAUAAUAGAAGGCGGCUAUGGAAUUUUGUCUUCUCAUUUGGGUAAAAAUAGUUCUGCUUGCAUGUCUAUGAGUUCUGGUUUUGUUAAUGCUGAAAGAGAUUAUUCUUUCAAGAGAGGAGGCCAAAAUGAGAUUUAA